CACUGAUUUUCGUUCAGCUUUUGGCUAGGUACUCUCAGUGAUGAGAGGCUCAACGCUCUUUAGAGCUCUUCUUUAAUAAUUGAAAGCUCUGCUUUUAAAUGUCCCUUCCCUCCUUGACCCCUAGUAUUCUAAGUCCUGCUCAACUGCUUAGCUGCUGCCAUGCAGGAGUGCAGGAACCCCCACACAUGUAGAGCAAUAGCUUCCUGGCCUCUCUUUACCUGUAGCUGACCUGCCCUCUCAGUGCCUGACUCACCUGUGGCCAUUGCUGUAACCACCACAGACAGAGGCCCUUGGUUCCUGAGUUGGAAGAAUCGUGGCCUAACUGGUUGAAAACAAUGAGUCCUCCAGAGCUGUAGGUUUUGUUCUCACUUUUCUGCCAUGGUGUUCUCUUUAGUGACAGAAGAUAAUGAAGAAGAUUAUGAUACCUGAGAAGAGCUUGGAGGGUUGUUUCGUGUCAGCCAGCCUGACAGCGUGGAAGCACAAGGCCGACUCUUUGGACUGCUUCAGAUUUCUUGUGGAGGUGCCCCAUGACUGGGAUUUAGAGGAGGUGUGCGAAGAGUCGGACCAGGAUGAGGGGACAGAGCAUUCUCCUGAGUCUGAAAUCUGUGAGACAGCAGCUGAGGACACCACAGCACCUAAGGACACGGCAGCAGAUGAGGACAGGGCAGCAGAUGAGGACACGACAGCAGCUGAGGAUACAACAGCAGCCGCACCCACGGCUGCUGCUGUAGAACCUGCCGAGUUGACUGUUGAAGCUGGUGAGGUCUGUCCUGUGCACGACAUCUGUGAUGGGGAGAUGCCUGAAGAUAGGACUUUGGAGUCCGACCCUUCUGAUCAUCCAGAAGCAAAGAAAUCUCAUGCAGGUGGUGAGACAACAUUGUUUUUUUCCACCAAGAAAAAGAAUGAAAACUCUUGUUUGAUGAGGUGUAUAAUAGAAAGUGUUUAGCAAAACUCAUAUUGGUUUAAAUUUUUUAAAAUUUUCACCUAUUCACUUGUGUUAUUUUAACAUGUGAUAUAUUUUCCUUUAGUUGUUAUGUUAGUGAAAACAUGUCAGCUUUUUGUUUAUACAGUUUCCCAUCUUUUUAUCAACACAUUUUGUCAUGUAAGGGAGGAGUCUUAGAUUUAUCUUUAUGUUUAAUUUUUUGUCUCUUUUCCCAAUGGAUAAGAAUAAAAGUAGAGGUAGUAAAAUGGCUUCCUUUUCGAAUAAAUGAGUUGAUAAAUUGUUAUAAGUGAUUACGUAUUUUUUCUUUUCUCUCUGUAUAGAUAUGGCAUUAGAGUCUAACCCUUCUGAAGCAAUGAAAUCCCAAACAGAUAGUGAGACAACAUUGUUUUUUCUGCCAAGAAAAAGAGCAAAAAAUCUUGUUUGAUCAGAUGUAUUAUAAAAAGUAUUUAGGAAAACUCAUAUUAUCCGACACAGUAGGAGGUCUCUUUCCCCUCCUGGAUUUCCCCUCUGGGGUCCUGCUUCCACACACUCUCUCUUGGGGAAGCUUUCUCUCUUCUCUGUUUCUCUCUGUCUCUCUCUAAAUAAAUCACUUUUCUGCAAAUAAGCAAACAAAAAGAAAAACUCAUAUUGGUUUAAUACCAGAAUGAGAAUUUGCUUCUUACCAUGGGAAUGGCACCAAGCCAUUCAUAAGGAAUGCUCCACUGUUACCCAAACAAUUCUCACUAGGCCCUGUCCUCAGCAUUAAGGGUCCCAUUUUAACAUGAGAUUUGGACAGGGAGACAUAUCCAAACCAUAUCAGAGGUGUAUUUCCCAGUUCCUUCCGGAGACAUGGGUUUCUCACACCUGGAGAGCAUGAAAGCAGAAAAAAGAAAAGCUAUUCCAUGUCCUUCACACUUCAGUGUUAGGAAUGUUUGCCUACAAGGCCCUUCCAGCAUUAAAGGUGGAGGCAGUGUAGCAAACAAAG